AAAAAUGGUAAUGUCUGCCCAGGCAUACAAUGUGAUAAGGGCAUAAAGUACAAACACAGACGAUCCAUAAGGAUUUAGUCCCGUUCAUCAGUAUUAGCAGAUGAAACAGCAAAGGAUCAUCUCCAGACUUGAUUGUCCAUAUCUCUCCUCCAUUCUCAGUGACUAUGCCUGGUGCUCUAUCGAUGAGAUAUUCCAAGGUAGAUGGCGGUAUUGCACCGCGGAAGAUCCCCCAAGCUGCACCUUCCCUUUCUUGUACAGAAAUAAAUACUUUUAUGAAUGCACCAAGGAAGGCUAUGUUUUGAGUCGCAGUUGGUGUUCAUUGACAAGAGAUUAUAACAAAGAUGGAAAAUGGAAACAAUGCUCUCCUUACCAUCUUUAAGUCUUGGUGUUCUCAGAGAGGCAGAAGUUACAGGAUUCUUCAGCUGCCUCUCAAAAUACAUCCUUUCCCUGGUCAUUCUGAC